AUGGCUAAAGAGCCGGAAGCAGGGUUGAUGAAGAAUCUAAGGGGAAGGAGAACCGGUGAGGAAAUCACCAGAAGAAGAUUGUUUCCCUUCUCACUUGGAGACAAGGCACAUCUAUGGGAGAAGGCACUUCCAACUGGUGCUAUCACUACAUGGGAUGCUUGUAAGAAGGCCGACCUAGCUAAAUUCUUCUCUAAUGCUAGAACAACAAGGUUGAGGAAUGAGAUUUCUGGUUUUGCAAAAAGGAACAAUGAAACCUUUUGUGAGGCAUGGGAGAGAUUCAAAGGCUUCCAAACACAAUGUCCACACCAUGGAUUCAACAAUGAGUCUUUGCUCAGCACCUUAUAUAGAGGGGUUCUACCUAAGAUAAGGAUGCUUUUGGACGCAACCUCCAAUGGCAAUUUCCUCAACAAGAAUGUAGAAGAAGGAUGGGAGCUAGUGGAGAACCUAGCACAAUCUGAUGAGAAUUAUAAUGAGGAUUAUGAUAGAACAGUGAGAUUUACCACCAAUGAUCAAGAUGAGAAGUAUAAGAAGGACUUUAAAGUAGUUCAUGAGAAGUUGGACAAGAUUCUACUUAGCCAACAAAAGAACAUUCAUUUUCUUGGUGAAGAAAAGGUUCCAGUUCAAGAAGGGGAGAGAGAAUUUGCUGAUAUUUGUUACAUGCAGAAUCAAGGAGGGUUCAAGGGCUACAAUCAAUUCAAGAACAGCAACCUCUCCUAUAGAAACACCAAUGUAGCAAAUCCUCAAGAUCAAAUUGAGCCUACAAAGCAGUUUGCUGAGAUGUGCCAAAAGAUGGAGAACACAUACAGUGACCUCCAUACUAAGUUUGAAACUCUAAACUCCAAGAUUGAGACUAUGGAGACAAAAUUGUCUUCUUCUACUCCUACAAGGAAUGACCAACACAAAGGCAAAGCUAUCAUGCACUCUACAGAAUUUGCCAAUGCAAUCAAUCUACACAGAGGAAGGGUGUUACCAGAACGAAAAACGUGCUACCAAUCAUUGAGGACAGUGAAGAACAAGAUGGGGAGGGUUUUCAGCAAGAGGAAACUUAGAAUGAAGAGACAAUUGAACUCGACCCACCACUUGAGCACAUACACGAUCGAGUGGGUGAUCUGGCAGCAGAUCGAGCACCUUCUCAUGAGAAGACUAAGCCAGUUGCCACCAAGGAAAAAGAAGUCCGGAAGUUGGUGUGAUCUUAUUCUUAAAUUGCUUGGAGCUGGUGUGAUCUAUCCUAUCUCUGAUAGUACUUGGGUUUCACCAGUGCAUUGUGUCCCUAAAGAAGGAGGAAUUAUUGUAGUAAAGAAUGAUCAUGAUGAGUUAAUUCCUACUAGAACCAUAACAGGACAUAGAAUGUGCAUUGAUUAUAAAAAGCUUAAUUCUGCUUCUAGGAAAGAUCAUUUUCUCCUUCCAAUUAUUGAUCAAAUGUUAGAAAGAUUAGCCAAUCACACCCAUUACUGUUUCUUGGAUGGAUAUUCAGGAUUUUUCCAAAUACCAAUUCAUCCUAAUGAUCAAGAAAAGACAACUUUCACAUGUCCAUAUGGUACUUUUGCUUAUAGAAGAAUGCCAUUUGGACUAUGUAAUGAUCCAGCUACCUUUCAAAGGUGCAUGAUGUCAAUUUUCUCUGAUCUUAUUGAGGAUGUGGUUGAAGUUUUUAUGGAUGACUUCUCUGGCUAUGGAGACUCUUUCUCUUCUUGCCUUGCUAAUCUAUGCAGAGUCUUAAGGAGAUGUGAAGAGACAAAUCUAGUUCUCAACUGGGAGAAGUGUCAUUUCAUGGUUGAAGAAGGGAUAGUUCUUGGUCACAAGAUUUCAGAGAAGGGUAUUGAGGUUGAUAAAGCAAAGAUUGAAGUCAUGGUUCAGCUUCAACCACCAAAGACAGUCAAGGAUAUAAGAAGCUUUCUUGGUCAUGUUAGGUUCUACAGAAGAUUUAUCAAGGAUUUUUCAAAGAUUGCUAGGCCAUUGACAAGAUUACUUUGUAAGGAGACUGAGUUCAAUUUUGAUGAAGAGUGUUUGAAAGCUUUCAAGGAAAUCAAAGCUGCAUUAAUAUCAGCUCCAAUAGUCCAAGCUCCAAAUUGGGAUCUCCCAUUUAAGAUAAUAAGGUACCUAGUGGGUUCCAAGGUUAUUGUGUACACUGAUCAUUCUGCUUUGAGGCACAUCUACUCAAAGAAAAAUACCAAACCAAGGUUGUUAAGAUGGAUUCUACUUCUCCAAGAAUUUAACAUGGAAAUAAUUGAUAAGAAAGUUAUAGAGAAUGGAGUUGUUGAUCAUUUAUCUAGGAUGAGGAUAGAAGAAGAAAUAACAAUUGAUGAUUCAAUGCCUGAAGAGAAACUGAUGCAACUCAACGUCACUUGA